AUGUCCGGCUCACUCACUCAUAUCCUCUUUGAGGGUGCAUCGGGUUAUGCCCUUUUCACCGUUUCAAUGCAAGAGGAAAUCGCUGCCAAAUCUAAACAAUUACAAGAUUCCAUCAAUGAUAUCUCAAUUUUCUCAAGGAUGAUCCAACUCGCUUCUUUCCUUCCCUUCACUUCCGCCGCUCAAGCUCUAGAAAACGCAAAUGACGUCUCAGAAGGUGUCUUGAACCCUCACCUGAAAAACCUAUUGAACCUCAUCGUACCUGAUGUUGCUGGAAAAGGAAACAAGAAACAAUCAGGUGUUUUACUUGGUGUGACUGAAAGAGGGUUAGCAGGUGCGAUUCAAGGUGAAUUAGGUAUCCCGUGCGAUACUUCUGAAAGAGCAUUGGAAUUGAUCCGAGGUGUGAGAUUACAUCAAGAGAAAAUCUUGAUCAAAGGUGGUUUCCAAAAAGGCGAUGUAGCCAUCGCUCAAUUAGGUUUAGGUCAUUCCUACUCUCGAGGAAAAGUAAAGUUCAACGUUAACCGAUCCGAUAACAUGAUUAUCCAAGCCAUCUCAUUAUCCGACCAACUCGACAAAGAUCUGAAUACAUUCUCAAUGAGAGUUAGAGAAUGGUACGGAUGGCAUUUCCCCGAACUUUACAAACUUGUCCCUGAUGCUCAUCAAUACGCUUUACUCGCUGUAUUGAUUGGUGAUCGAGCGACUUUGACCGAAGGCUCAUUAGAAGACAUGCAAGCUAUCUUGGACGAUGAUGAAACGAGAGCAAGAAACGUAUUGGAUGCCGCAAGAGCUUCAAUGGGUUCAGAUAUAAACGAAAUCGAUCUCAUCAACAUAUCCAAUUUCGCUGAACGAGUGGUGAAACUUGCCGAAUACAGAAAAUCAUUAAGAAGAUAUUUGAUCGAGAAGAUGAAUGUUGUCGCUCCUAAUUUAUCAGCUUUGAUCGGUGAAACCAUCGCUGCUAGAUUAAUCAGUCAUGCUGGUUCCCUCACCAACCUCGCCAAGUACCCUGCUUCUACUGUCCAAAUUCUAGGCGCUGAAAAAGCUCUUUUCAGAGCGUUGAAAACAAAAGGUAACACACCUAAAUACGGUCUCAUCUACCAUUCCACAUUCAUCGGUCGAGCCGGUACCAAACACAAGGGACGGAUCUCCCGAUUCUUGGCAAACAAAUGUUCCAUAGCAUGUAGAAUCGAUUGUUUCUCCGAUGUACCAACUAACAAAUUCGGAGAAGCGUUAAGAGCCCAGGUCGAGGAGAGACUAAACUUUUUCGAGACCGGAGCACCUGUAUCGAAAAACUCUGAUGCGAUUCAAAAAGCUCUUACUGCCAUCGCAGCUGAUUUGGGGGAUGACGAAGAUGAGGACGACGACGACGAGGGAGAUGUCAAGGAGGAUGAUGUCGCUGAUGCCGUCAAGCAAAUUGAGAAAGAUCAGAAAUCAGCUUCCGCAUCCAAAGCACCUUUAGAUCCUGAAUUAGCAGCUAUCGCGGGUGGAUUACCAACACCCUCAAAGAAAGACAAAAAGGAAAAGAAGGAGAAAAAGGAGAAGAGAAAAUCCGAAGCCAUGGAUAUUGAUGUCAAGGAAGAGUCAUCAAAGAAGGACAAGAAGGAGAAGAAAGAAAAGAAGGACAAGAAGGAUAAAGAGGAGAAGAAGGACAAAGAGGAGAAGAAGGACAAGAAGAAGAAGAGAAAGUCAGAGGCUUAA